AUGUUCGAAACAUUGGGCUAUCCAGCCUCCGCUCGGCCGGUGAAGCAUCACUACGCUGUCCCGCUCGGGAGGGUAGGUACCUAUACGGAGCGGGUCGGACUGUCGGCGGAACUCGAGCAGAAGUUGCAUAUAAGGCAUGAGAAAGCAAGCGUUCCAUAUGCAGUCUCUCUUUACGGAUUGGGCGGUGUUGGUAAGUCGCAGCUAGCGCUGGACUACGCCGAAAAGCACAAACAUGAUUACAACCCGAUUCUCUGGAUAGACGCGACGGACGAGGAGACAGUACGAUCUAGCUUUAAGAUAUGUGCUGCGGAGCUGGGACUCACAGUGGAGGGCGGCGAAAACCAAGGAUCGAUUAUUAUGGAUGCAGGGGUCCGGGCAGUACUUAGAUGGCUUUGCGACCGAAGUGAGGCGGAUGACGAAUGGCUAUUGAUUGUGGAUAAUGCCGACGACGUUAGCUGGGGGAUCCAGAAGGUCAUGCCGAGGGGAAACCGAGGAAGAGUUAUUAUUACCAGCCGAGACGAGCAAAGUACCAAGUUAGUCGGCGGGACCUGCGAAUCGGUCCGUGUUGGCGACAUGUCGCCACCGGAAGGGAGAGCGCUUCUCCUCCGACAUCUGCAACUCGACGAAGAGCUGGCCCCUGGGGGCAUCAAAGACGACUGUGAUAGGGUGGUGAAAAAGCUGGAAUUCUUAGCACUUGCCAUUGAUAUUGCUGGCGCCUAUAUCGGUAGCCAUUCUCCUUCUGACAAGGCUUUGCAGCGAUACCUCGCGGACUAUGAGAGGCACCGCGACGAGCUCCUCCAGAUGGACUUUUUUAGAGGGUUAUUGGCGACGGAGAAGACGGUGUGGACAGUAUGGGACACCACGCUCGAGAAAAUCGCGAUGGAAAAUAAAGGCCUGCGACCUGAUGUAUUGCUGACGUUUCUUGCACAUUUUAAGGGCGGUAUUAUCCAGGAUGAGAUGUUUCGUCUGGCCAGUCUUGGCAUGGAAAAAGUCAAGGCUAAUAUGGGGGAAGAGGAGAGCGAAGGGAUGCCCUUUGAACUCCAGCAAUUCCUUCCACUCGAUGGAGACAAAUGGGAUGAUUUUCGAUAUCAGCAGGGCUGCCGUCUACUGCUCCGUUAUAGCUUGUUGCAGCGAGUCGAUGGGGGGUGGGCUGGCGUGACAAUGCAUGGCCUGGUUCGGUGGCGGGCAAUGCUAAGCCACCGAAGCUGGCCAUGGCAGCAGUGGUAUAUGGUAUUUGUUUUGGCAGCGUGCUGUCAGAACAUCGAGGAGGAACAGCCUGAUUUCCGUCGACAUCUAGCUGGACACUUGCCAGAUAUUCAUGGGGAUGAUGGCCAGGAACGGGAGUAUUUUUUGAGAAAUCCAAGUUUCAUCGGGGCGACGAUAGGAAGAAUAUAUUACGACGAAGGCCGGUGGGAGGAGGCCGAGAAGCUGGACGUACAGGUGAUGGAGACUCGGAAGACUACGCUUGGGGCCGAUCACCCUUCUACGCUAACGAGCAUGGCCAACCUAGCGUCGACAUACAGGAGCCAGGGCCGGUGGGAGGAGGCCGAGAAGCUGGAAGUGCAGGUGAUGGAGACGAGCAAGACCAAGCUUGGGGCCGAUCACCCAGAUACGCUGACGAGCAUGGCCAACCUAGCGUCGACAUACAGGAGGCAGGGCCGGUGGGAGGAGGCCGAGAAGCUGGAGGUGCAGGUGAUGGAGACGAGCAAGACCAAGCUUGGGGCCGAUCACCCAGAUACGCUGACGAGCAUGGCCAACCUAGCGUCGACAUUUUGGAACCAGGGCCGGUGGGAGGAGGCCGAGAAGCUGGACGUACAGGUGAUGGAGACUCGGAAGACUACGCUUGGGGCCGAUCACCCUUCUACGCUAACGAGCAUGGCCAACCUAGCGUCGACAUACAGGAGCCAGGGCCGGUGGGAGGAGGCCGAGAAGCUGGAAGUGCAGGUGAUGGAGACGAGCAAGACCAAGCUUGGGGCCGAUCACCCUUCUACGCUGACGAGCAUGGCCAACCUAGCGUCGACAUACAGGAGGCAGGGCCGGUGGGAGGAGGCCGAGAAGCUGGAGGUGCAGGUGAUGGAGACGAGCAAGACCAAGCUUGGGGCCGAUCACCCAGAUACGCUGACGAGCAUGGCCAACCUAGCGUCGACAUACAGGAGCCAGGGCCGGUGGGAGGAGGCCGAGAAGCUGGAAGUGCAGGUGAUGGAGACGAGCAAGACCAAGCUUGGGGCCGAUCACCCAGAUACGCUGACGAGCAUGGCCAACCUAGCGUCGACAUACAGGAGCCAGGGCCGGUGGGAGGAGGCCGAGAAGCUGGAGGUGCAGGUGAUGGAGACUCGGAAGACCAAGCUUGGGGCCGAUCACCCUUCUACGCUAACGAGCAUGGCCAACCUAGCGUCGACAUACAGGAGCCAGGGCCGGUGGGAGGAGGCCGAGAAGCUGGACGUACAGGUGAUGGAGACUCGGAAGACUACGCUUGGGGCCGAUCACCCUUCUACGCUAACGAGCAUGGCCAACCUAGCGUCGACAUACAGGAGCCAGGGCCGGUGGGAGGAGGCCGAGAAGCUGGAGGUGCAGGUGAUGGAGACUCGGAAGACCAAGCUUGGGGCCGAUCACCCAGAUACGCUGACGAGCAUGGCCAACCUAGCGUCGACAUACAGGAGCCAGGGCCGGUGGGAGGAGGCCGAGAAGCUGGAGGUGCAGGUAAUGGAGAUUCGGAAGACUACGCUUGGGGCCGAUCACCCAGAUACGCUGACGAGCAUGGCCAACCUAGCGUCGACAUACAGGAGGCAGGGCCGGUGGGAGGAGGCCGAGAAGCUGGAAGUGCAGGUGAUGGAGAUAAGCAAGACCAAGCUUGGGGCCGAUCACCCAGAUACGUUAACGACUCACCAGCGAGUGCUUGGCGACGAGCAUCCAUACACACUAAAGUCUCUGGCCACCGUAGCUAAGUGGCGUAGUUAUAAUGGGUUUUUGUUUCAUGUGUCGGCGUAA